AUGAUUGGCUUGCGGGGUGCUCUAAUAACAGUAGCCUUUUUUGUCACAUUGGCCCUGGCAAGAGAAAUUAGUGACCUAAAAGAUUUAGAGACAGCUGCUAGCAAACAUCAUUUUGAAAAAGGUGGCGGAGAAGAGCAUCACUCAGAUCAUUACCAUAAACAUGGUGAAAAAGGAGAUAAAGGAUACAAAGGUUAUCAUCAUCACGAUAAGGGAGAAAAAGGUCAUCACGACAAAGAGGGACACUCGGGACACUUUCACGAAGACGAAGGACACAAGAAACAUCAUCAUCAUGAUGAUGGUUAUUACGGAGAACAUCAUAAAGGGGAGAAAGGUGAAAAGGGACACAGCUUUCACGAAAAAGGACACUACGGUAAGGGACACAGCACAAAGGGUCAUCACGAAGUAAAGAAGCACGAUGAAUUUAAGAAGGAUAAAGAGUUUCACGACGAGCAUCACGAUUCUGGUCAUCAUGAAGAUCAUGGUGGUCAUCAUCACGAGCAUGGUCACAAAAAAGGUGGUCACUUUAAGAAGGGACAUCACGAUCAGGGUCAUCACGAAGAUCAUUACGGUAAAAAGGGCCAUCACGAAAAGGGUAGCCACCAUCACGAUCACAAAGGCCAUAAAGAUAGUGGUGGACACGAUGAACACUAUCAUCACGAUUCUCAUUAUGGUAAAAAGGGUGGUCAUGAAGAUCACAAAGAUUGGAAAUACAAACACGACCAUUAG